ACUUCUGCAUAAAUUGAUCUAGUUUCUUGCAACAGCAGAUACUUUUAGAUUCCCCUUUGAAUCUUGCCUCUCUCCACCUGGAAUAUAGAUUACUGGCUCCCGAUGCAAAUUUUAAGAUACAUGCCGUAACCGUUAUGGCUCUGCUGAAAACUAUCCUCAUCCUUUGUCAGCUUCUUCCAUUUGUGAGGACCAUAAACACCAUCUUCUUCCCAUGUGACACUGACGUGAAUACCACCACAGUAGACUGCCAUGACAGACCACUCACGCAUGUCUCCUUCAUCAAGUCUACCACUGUUGUGUCACUCAAUUUAAGUCGGACUAAAAUACAGCAAGUGUGGCAGCAAGCUUUAUCAGGUGUCCCAAACCUUCACACCCUGUCAAUAAUAGGAAAUUGUCAACCAGGUCGGCUGAGAAAUUUGGAAAACAGCUCAUGCAAGAUGUGGAUCCACUAUUAUGCCUUCAAGAGCCUACUGAAGCUUAAGUUUUUGUAUCUCUCAGGAAAUAGCCUCACCUCUAUACCGUGGUUACCUGAAAGCCUGAGGGUCCUUGAUUUACAGAAUAAUUGCAUCCUCCACAUUAUCCACCCGUUAAAAACUCCUCAUCUUGAAGAGCUCUUCCUCACCAGGAACUGCUUUUAUGCAAACCCUUGCAACCAGUCUUUUUACAUCAGCGAGGAGGUUUUCAGAGAGCUCCCUAAACUCAAAAACCUUACCUUAGGGUAUAAUAAUUUAACAUCCAUCCCUAAAGGGUUGCCACCCUCACUGGAGAGUCUGGAUUUAAGAGAGAAUACAAUCACAGAGGUCUUAGAAGGAGCAUUUGCCAACCUUACUGUCCUCAAGUAUUUGAAUUUGGAGUGGAAUUGCCAGCGUUGUGACCAUGCAGCCAGACCCUGCUUUCCAUGCCCACAUAAUCUCCCCCUACGCCUAAAACCAAACUCAUUCUAUGCUGAGAACAGCUCCAUCACCUUCCUUAGCUUGCGGGGAAACUCUCUGAAAACAUUUCCAGAGGGACUUUUCCAACCUUUGAGGAAUUUGAAGGGAUUGGACCUCUCGGACAACCUCCUGGCAUAUGCAAUACGUAAUGGCACCUUCUUUGCAGAGCUGAAGGGCCUCACUUGGAUUAGCCUUAUCUAUAACUAUGAACCACUGAAGACAUUUAAGGAGCUGAUCCUCUCCCCACACAUUGCCAACAUAUCUGGUCUACAAUAUCUUCUUCUGAGUGGUAACUUUUUCCACAUGAUUUCAGAAGACAGCCUUGGUGUUCUCUCCAAACUUCAAAGCCUAAAGAAACUAGAACUGAGAUUGAACUUCAUCGAUACUUGUAACUUACAACCUCUGAAAAUGUUACCGUCUCUCAUUAAUAUUGACCUCUCCCAAAACAUGCUUAAUUUUCUUAAAUUCUGCUUGGCUCCGUCGUCAGAGAUUGUGGCACAGGGAAGCUUUCAGAACCAGAACUCGUAUACACCUCAUUUUCCUGACCCACCCCUUAUUCUAAUAGAUCGAGUCACAUCUGGAAGUGACGUCUGGGAAUCCAACCAGUCAAACAGACUGGAAAUGUUUGAGGACAAUGUGUCACAAUUUCCAUCACUGUGGGACUUUAAAAAACAGUGCUGCCAACAGAAACUGACAUUUGACCUGUCUCAAAAUGACAUUGUGUCUCUUAACAAAGAGGUGUUUGUAGGCUUGGAAAAUGCUGUUUGUUUAGACCUUUCCUUCAAUUACAUGAGCCAGGCAUUGAAGCGUGGGAUGUUUGAAAGCAUGAAAAAUUUAGUUUUUCUUAAUUUAUCGUACAAUAGACUUGAUCUUUAUUAUGAAGCCACUUUCAGUGAGCUUAAAACCACUCUGAAGGUAUUGGACAUUAGUAACAAUGACUUUCACUUCAAGAUGAGGGGCAUGGGCCACCGUUUAGAGUUCCUUCAAAAUCUGACUAACUUGGAAGUCUUAAGUCUGGCAAACAAUGGCAUUGAGAGGCGAGUAGAUCAAAGGCUGGUCAGCAGCUCUUUGAAGUACCUCUACUUCCAUGGAAACCGCCUGGACAUUAUGUGGGAGUCAGAAAACAACAGGUACACUAAUUUCUUCCAAAACCUGACAAACCUCAGCUACCUGGACAUCUCUAACAAUGAACUGAAGUCAAUCUCUCCAGAAGUGCUGUGUAACCUCCCAGGAAGCAUGAAGGCCCUCCGCAUCAGCGACAAUCUGCUAAACUAUUUCCCAUGGUUGAACAUCUCAGCACUCACCAAUUUACGUCACCUGGACCUCAGUCAAAACUUCCUGUCUUAUUUGCCUCCUGAAGUCAUAGAAUUUGGAGCAAUGUUUUCUCUCCUGGACCUCAGUCACAACCGCCUUAGUGUUAUUCCAGAGGAUUUCUUCAGUAAGGCGAAGUCAUUGCAAUAUCUGUACCUCAGCCACAAUCAGAUCAAAGAGUUGAACCAUCAGCUUCUCCCUGCCCCCUUUAAAAAUGGUAGUGUCCUUCAGAAACUCACACUGCAUGCCAACCCGUUUAAAUGUGACUGUGAUACAUCUUGGUUUGCGGACUUCUUGCGUACCACUCCGGUACAGAUUCCUUACCUCACCUCCCAUAUACACUGUGAAUACCCAGAGUCCCAACAGGGUGUGAGUAUACUGUCGAUGGACCAGCGUUCCUGCCAGGACAUAUAUGGUAGCUUAGCCUGCCUCGUUUGUUCCUUCUUGGCUGUGACGUUCACUGUCCUGCCCAUACUGAAGCAUCUCUAUGGCUGGGAUCUGUGGUAUUGCUUACAGGUACUCUGGGCAGGACAUAAGGGCUACUCCCAGCUGGCUGGAAGUGAUUCACAUUAUCACUACGAUGCUUUCGUAGUGUUUGACACCAGAAACCAGGCUGUGAGGGAUUGGGUCUACAAUGAGUUAACUGUCAAUCUGGAGAACUCAGGUCAUAGGAGGUUUUGUCUCUGUUUAGAGGAGAGGGACUGGAUACCUGGACUUUCAUGUAUAGAAAAUCUACAUAAUGCUGUCAAUAACAGUGUGAAGACAGUGUUUGUGCUGUCCAGUGGUUCUACUGGCAGUGAGACAGUGAAUGGUGUGAUCCGGCAGGCUUUCUUCAUGGUUCAGCAGCGGCUUCUGGAUGAGAAGGUGGAUGCAGCUGUGCUGGUUCUGUUGGAUGAGAUGUUUCCCAAGCUGAAGUACCUUCAGCUGAGGAAAAGACUGUGCAGAAAGUCUGUGUUGUCCUGGCCAAAAAACCCAAGGGCUCAACCCCUCUUCUGGAACAGAGUGAGAAUGGCGUUGUCGUCAGAUAACCUCAACUUCUACGACAACAACAUGAGUGAAAGUUUUGUUUGACUACCUUUUAAAGGCUGCAAAAGAGCACCUGAAAAAGGCCUUUAAGAAUUUUGCCAUCUUCCUAUGACCUAAUUUUGACAAACCUACAAACCUGUGUAUAUAUAUAUAUACAUAACUUUAUUUUUUAAAAUAAAAAUGAUACAGCUCUUCCUUGUAAAUAUUUUACUUUUCAAGAUUGUAUUCCGAUGUUUUAUCAUAUGUAUAUUACAGACCAUUCAAAUUUGAUGUGGAUUCUUUACAUGUAAAUUUGUUCUUAUUUUCUUUUUGGUGAGUUAAUCCAUCAGUGUCAUACAAUUGUAUUCAGAGAGCUUGGGCUGGGUUGGGACAUGCUGCUAUUGUGGGCUGCAAAGUUAAUUGAGAUACUGUAUAUUGACAUUGUAAUAUAAAAAUAAACUUGACUUGAUUUCA